GUUGUUCACAUGUUGUACAGAAUAUAGCAUCCAACACUAUUAGUGACAUCCAGCCCUACUUCCUUUUCGUCUCCCGACGUCCGAACAGGAACAUGGGAAAGUUCCAGGCUCCGGCUAAGGGUCGCCCUGCCAAGGGCAAGGGAAAGAAGAAGGCUGAAACCGUCAAGUUCAUUGUUGACUGCACUCAUCCUGUGGAGGAUGGGCUCAUGCAGGUGUCUGACUUUGAAAAGUUCCUCCAGGAGCGUAUCAAGGUGAAUGGAAAGACCAAGAACUUUGGCAAGAAUCUGCACAUUGAGCGUGCCAAGAGCAAGAUCACUGUCAGUGCCAACAAUGACAUCAAGAUGGGCAAGAGGUACCUGAAGUACCUGACCAAGAAGUACCUGAAGAAGAACAGCCUGCGUGACUACCUGCGCGUGGUGGCCAGCUCCAAGGACUCGUACGAGCUGAAGUACUUCAGCUUCGACGACGAUGAGGACGAGGGCGAUGACAACGAGGAUUAAAUGUCGCAAUAAACGUCAUCUGAUCGUC